UUACGCAGCGUCACGGAGCCGCCGUGAAUGAAGAGGAGCUCCCUGAGGUGGUGGUUCUUCUGCGGAUUCCUGUUUUACCACGUUCUGUCCUGAAUGAGCCGGGACACCGAACCUUUUGCGGGACAAAGUUAGAGUUCAGGAGGAUAUAGGACUCACAGAACGAUGGGAUCUUCCGCAAAGAUGCAAGGUCUGAGUUCCAGGGCUCACGCGUUUUCGGUGGAGGCGCUGGUCGGGAAACCCUGCAAGAGGAUGAAAGUUUCCGAGGAACAUGAGUCAAGUUCAGCUGGAGACACCGGUAGCGAUAUGAGCAUCUUUAACGGCCUGAGCGAAUAUCAAGGCAGCCAGAUUAAGAAAGCAGGUUCAACACCAAAGAGGAUAGAGGACGAUUCCUGUGACCCAGAGAGACACACGGUCAGAUCAUCGCCUGAGGAGUCGGAGAACAGCGGAGAGGAGAGCAAGCCGAAGGAGAGAGACUGCCGGGCGGACAGGUCAGAGGUCCGGGUGGAGCUGCAGGGCUCCGAGCUGUGGAAGAGGUUCUAUGAGAUCGGCACAGAGAUGAUCAUCACUAAAGCUGGCAGGAGAAUGUUUCCCUCCGUGCGCGUAAAAGUGCGCAACCUGGACCCGUGCCAGCAGUAUUACAUUGCAAUGGACGUGAUGCCCGUAGACUCAAAACGCUACAGGUAUGUGUACCACAGCUCGCAGUGGAUGGUGGCUGGAAACACGGAUCACUCCUGCAUCUCUCCUCGGCUCUACGUGCACCCGGACUCUCCGUGCGCAGGAGAGACGUGGAUGCGUCAGGUCAUCAGCUUCGACCGGGUCAAACUCACUAACAACGAGAUGGACGAUAAGGGACAUAUUAUUCUGCAGUCGAUGCAUAAAUACAAACCACGCGUGCACAUCAUCCGGCACGACCCCCGCAUGGACCUGUCACAGAUCCAGUCUCUGCCUUCUGAAGGAGUCCACAGCUUCUCCUUCCCAGAGACCGAGUUCACCACAGUCACAGCCUAUCAGAAUCAACAGAUCACAAAACUGAAGAUCGACAGGAACCCGUUCGCCAAGGGCUUCAGAGAUCCUGGAAGGAACAGGGGAGUGUUGGAUGGCUUGUUGGAGUCAUAUCCCUGGAGAGGCCCCCUCAACUUGGACUUCAAGCCAUUCACCAUACAGCUCCAAGGGGGCUCAGGGUCACCAACCAGCAGCAUGAAGAGUCUCCUCCCUCUCUCCUCUUCCUCGUCUCUUCACCCGUUCUCCGUCUCCACACUCUCCUGCCAGGACGCCGCUCUCCACACCCUUGCUCUUCCUCUCUACAGUAAAGCCUCCGCUGGCUCCCCGCUGCCCGGCAGAGCCUUCUCCCCCCUGGGAGCAGACAGACUGAGAGGUCUACCCCCGUUGUCUCCGCUGACAGACCUCCCGCUCCUCUCUGCGCUGCAGGCGAAGAAACCCCCCCACUGUCGGGACCCGUGUCUUCAUGUGUCCACCCCCCACUGUCUCUUCCCCCUCCACGGCCCUCUCAGCCCUCAGGGGCCCUCCCUGCUCCCUCAUCUCUCUGACACUGCGGGCCCCUACUGUCUUUACCGCUACAGCUUCCCCCUGAACCCCCAACUCACUGCUAUUUCCAGGCACACCAAACUAGUGGAGGACACAACAGACUGUCUGCUGCGCCAGUCUCCGUGGCAUCCAACCACCAACCACUGCCUCUGACAGCUGGACCGCACUUUCAGGCUCCGGCCCAUUGAGUGUAACAAGCCAAAGCUUAU